UUCGGUUUUAACUUUUUACAAUUUUAAACGUCGCGUGCGGGAAGAGUCACAAGACCACCUUGUUGUCUUGGCAACGUAUCAUUCGGUGUCGAAAAUAAACAAAAAAAAAUUAAAAUAAACCAAACACAGAAAAAUAAUGAAAGAAAUUACACAAAAAUAAUUACUUUAUUUACCGAAAUUCAAAUUAAAAAAAAAAAAGACAGAGAAAAAGAAAGAUAAAUAACCAUAGAAAAGAAACAUAGUAGAAAAAAAAUUCCUACGAUUUUGUCUUGGUCAACUCAACAAUACAUUCAUAAUAAUCGAUACCAACGAGACGGUUUUUUUUUCUUGUUGUUCGAUUUCGAUAUAUUGGUGGCGGUUUCUCUUCUCGUGAUUACCUGAAUCUUGGCGAUUGCCGCCAAGAAUAGUUUUUCGUUUACAUGAUAAGUGUUGGCCAGAGACUGUUGUGUGUGAAUGUAGCUUGCUCGUGUUGACUUGUUGUAGGGAAACUCGAUAAGCAUUUGUAGCCCGCCAUAAAAAUAAACUUGACACCAAGGAAAUUGGGAAGAAACCUUUAGAUUGAGUCCGAAAUGGCUCCUGGAGGCAGCAUUUUCAAAGAAGUUCUUGAGUCUCACCUGAUGUCUUCUUCGGAUUAUGGGACCCCCAAGGCAAAAUCCGAGGCCAAGAUUAAUAGUACACUUACAAAAUCUACUAGUGCUGGGUUGCAUGGAAAGAACGGAACUAGUUCGAAGAAUGGUGUGCAUGAUUUACUCGGGUGCCCUGUCUGCAAGAAUUUAAUGUAUCCUCCAAUUCACCAGUGUCCAAAUGGCCAUACAUUAUGCUCGAGUUGUAAAAUUGAAGUCCAAAAUCUCUGCCCAACAUGUCAUCAUGAUCUUGGAAAUAUAAGGUGUUUGGCUUUGGAGAAAGUGGCGGAAUCUUUGGAGCUUCCUUGCCGAUAUCAGAGUCUAGGUUGUAACGAUAUUUUCCCUUACUAUGCUAAGCUUAAACACGAGCAAAGUUGCGGAUUUCGUCCAUACAAUUGCCCCUAUGCUGGAUCUGAGUGUUCCGUGAUGGGUGACAUUCCAACUCUUGUUGCUCAUCUAAAAGAUGAACACAAGGUUGAUAUGCACGAUGGAUUCACCUUCAAUCAUCGAUACGUCAAAACAAAUCCACAUGAAGUUGAAAAUGCCACAUGGAUGCUAACCGUUUUCAAUUGUUACGGACGACAUUUCUGCUUGCACUUUGAGGCUUUCCAGCUUGGCACAGCUCCCGUUUUUAUGGCCUUCUUACGGUUCAUGGGCGAUGACAACGAGGAGAAGAAAUUCAGCUACAGUUUAGAAGUCGGUGCAAACGGGCGCAAACUUAUAUGGCAAGGAAUCCCUCGGAGCAUUCGUGACAGUCAUAGUAAAGUUAGAGAUAGUCAAGAUGGACUUAUUAUUCAGAGGAAUCAAGCCCUUUAUUUUUCUGGUGGCGAUAAACAGGAGUUGAAGUUGAGAAUCACGGGUCGAAUAUGGAAAGAAGAUUGAGAAAAAAGAUGUAGAUAUAAUAAUGUAUUAAGAAGAUUUAAAGAUGUUGUAUUAGUGAUUGUUGUAAGAUUUUGGUCUCUGGCAAAGUGUAUCACUAAUGAUCUAUUUAUCUCCAUAUAUAGAUUCUCCUUCAAUUCCAACAUCUUUGAUUUUUGAUGGUUA